AUGCUUUUAGAGGGAGAGCUUAAUCUGCGCUCGAUUAUAUCUGGUGUCAGCGGCUGCGUUUCAAUUGCAUGCUGGAUUAUUGUUUUCACGCCCCAGCUGUAUGAGAACUGGCGCCGCAAAUCCUCAGACGGCCUUUCCAUGGCGUUCGUAGUCAUUUGGUUACUGGGUGACAUCUUCAACGUCAUUGGCGCCGUCCUGCAAAAGGUCUUGCCUACAAUGAUUAUUCUGGCUGUGUACUAUACCCUGGCCGACAUCGUUUUGUUUUUUCAAUGCAUUGUGUACGGAAAAGGUAAAGCUGUUGGGUCUGAUGAGGAAGCUGCGCGAAACGAAGGUACCCCUCUUUUGGGUGGCCAGAAGCCCAAGCAGAAUACGAUUAAAAACGUUAUGAUUGUGUCACUGGUCAUUCUAGGCGGUGUUAUUGGGUACUUGUUCAGCGACAAACAAAAAGGAUCGGACCCCGGCGAGCCCCAGCCGAUCUCGACGUGGGGUCAAAUUAACGGCUGGGUCUGUGCGGUUCUCUAUCUCGCGUCCCGUAUUCCUCAAAUCAAACUAAACUAUGACCGCAAGAGUACCGACGGAAUCGCUCUUCUUUUCUUUUUAUUCGCUGCUAUCGGUAAUUUGACCUAUGUGAUCUCUAUUCUUGCCGCCGAUUCCUCUCCGCACGCUCUGCUGAUUAACGCUUCUUGGUUAGUAGGCGCCGCGGGCACACUUAUACUCGACGCUACGAUCUUUGCCCACGACGACGAAACAGAGCCCUGGAACCCUUCGACAGCAGAACUCGCCGAGCUGCGCUACGACGCAAAAAGCAUUCUGCUCGAUCUCGAUAGAGCCCACAUGGCUGAUGUUGCAAAACACAUUUAUUCGGCCGCUAUUCUCGCUGCGUCCCAACCAAAUCUACGCCUUAAACGUUGGACCAGCUGGCCUAUGAAAGACCCCCCUAUUCCUCGAGAUGAAGCCAAUGCUGACGUCGCUGUCCAGCAUGCCUUAUCUGACGCGUUCCACCGCGAAGUCGCAAACAGACUGUAUAUAAACGACCUGCAGCCGUCGAUUGACCCGGCGCCGGCGCCGUCUGAUCUGGAAAUGGCCCAUCUCAAAUCCCGGUUUCUGACCCGGCCAGAAAACGCCUUGAACGACUAUUUGACGAAAAAACUUUAA